UUAUUCAUAUUCCUAUAAUCUCUUCAUCUUCUCCAUCAUGAAAAACUUUGCAGCACAAGUAUUGCUUGUGAUCAUUUAUUUUCUGAUAAACAGUAGAAAUGGAAUUGAGGCAUCAACACAUGAUAACAAUAUUGAUCAUAUCAAGUAUAGGAUACCUGAAGAACAACCUUACAGAACUUCUUAUCAUUUUCAGCCUCCACAAAAUUGGAUGAACGAUCCAAAUGCCCCUAUGUACUACAAAGGUGUUUACCACCUUUUCUACCAACACAAUCCUUAUGCAGCAACAUUUGGUGAUAUAAUCAUAUGGGCUCAUUCUGUAUCCUAUGAUCUCAUCAAUUGGAUUCAUCUGAAUAAUGCUCUUGAACCAAGUGAUUCCUUUGACAUCAACAGUUGUUGGUCUGGUUCAGCCACUAUACUCCCAGGUGAAAAGCCUGCAAUUUUGUACACAGGAAUUGAUCACAAUAAACAUCAAGUUCAAAACUUAGCUAUACCAAAGAAUAUAUCAGACCCUUUCUUAAGAGAAUGGCAAAAACACCCUCAAAAUCCUGUGAUGACUCCACCUAGUGGAGUAGAAGAGAAUAAUUUCAGAGACCCUUCAACUGCAUGGCAUGGAAAAGAUGGAAAAUGGAGAGUAAUCAUCGGUGCUCAAAAUGGCGAUGAAGGAAAAACUAUACUUUACCAAAGUGAGGAUUUUGUUAAUUGGACGGUGAAUCCGAAUCCGUUUUUUGCAACAGAUAAUACUGGAGUUUGUGAAUGUCCAGAUUUUUUUCCUGUGUAUAUCAAUAGCACAAAUGGAGUUGAUACAUCUGUGGAAAAUUCGAGUGUUAGACAUGUUUUGAAGAUAAGUUAUCUAACUAAACAGCAUGACUACUAUUUUGUUGGUAGAUAUGUUUCUGGUCAGGAAAAGUUUAAUCCUGAUGUAACAUUUACAGGAACUAGUAAAGAUUUAAGGUAUGAUUAUGGUAAAUUUUAUGCUUCAAAGUCUUUUUUUGACUAUGCUAAGAAUAGGAGAAUAUUGUGGGGUUGGGUGAAUGAGUCAGACACUACACAAGAUGAUAUUGAGAAAGGAUGGGCUGGUUUACAGACAAUUCCAAGGCAAGUUUGGCUUGAUAAAAGUGGGAAGAGAUUAAUACAGUGGCCAAUUGAAGAAGUAGAAAAUUUAAGAAACAAACAAAUCAGUAUUAUAGGAAAGAAACUUGAGGGUGGAUCAACUCUUGAAAUCUCAGGCAUUACUGCAUCACAGGUUGAUGUAGAAGUGUUGUUUGAUCUACCUGAACUAGAAAACGGCGAGUGGUUAGAAGAUCCAAGUGAAGUUGAUCCUCAACUACUAUGUAGCAAACAAUAUGAAUCAAGAAGUGGCAAAAUAGGGCCAUUUGGUUUGUUAGCUUUAGCUUCAAAGGAUCUCACAGAACAAACUGCAGUGUUUUUCCAAAUAUAUAGAACUUCCAAUAGAUAUGUAUGUCUAAUGUGCAGUGACCAAAGCAGGUCUUCAUUGCGAAAGGACCUUGAUAAAACAACAUAUGGAACUAUCUUUGACAUAGAUUCCAAUCUCAAAACGAUUUCACUUAGAAGCUUGAUUGACAAGUCCAUUAUUGAGAGUUUUGGAGAUGGAGGGAAAGCUUGCGUAACAAGUAGAGUUUAUCCCUUAUUGGCUAUAGAGAAAGAUGCUCAUCUUUAUGUAUUCAACAAUGGAAGCCAAAGUGUGGUUAUCUCACAGCUUAACGCUUGGAGCAUGAAGCAAGCAGAGAUAGGUCAUAAGGGAAAUAUAAAUUGUGCCUAAGAAGGAUAGGAGAUUAAGACUGCAUUUAUUUAUUGAGAUAUGAGUUUUGUUUUUGUUUUUGUUUUUCCUUUUUCAUUAAUGUAUGUAUCUUUCUUUCUAUGCAGAACAUUGAGUUUAUCCACCAAAUUUGAUGAAUAAUAUAUAUGCCUAAA